AUGUCCGACCCUUCAGGGGAUACCCAAGCCGAGUUGGCUACCAAAGCUGCCGACAUUUUUGUCGAAAGCUUCUACGAAGCUCUAAAUAAACCCAAUACCCGCUCAACCAUCACAUCCUUCUAUAUCAAGCCUUCCGCCCUAGCCCCCGCGGAAGCCUCCAUAACCCUCAACGGAAACGCCAUACCAACGCCCUCCGCUUUUCAGGAAACUUUUACGAAUAAAAUUGGCAAAACCACAUAUGAAGCGCAAUCAUAUGAUGCUCAUGUCAUUAACCCAAACUACAACAUAGGGGUUGAGGAAAGUAAGCUUGGGGGGGAUAAGGAUGGAAAGAAAAUUAGCAUCGUGGUUAUGGUAAAUGGGCAGGUGAAAUAUUCGUCGAAGAAUGGGGAUGAAGGGGAGGAGAGAAGUUUUAUGGAGACUUUUGUGUUGGUGCCGAAUAUGGAAGCGAGGAAUCAAAAGGCACCGAAAGGGAUUAAGAAGUGGUUGAUUCGGAGCCAGGUGUUUAGAUUGGUGCUCUGA